AUGGCUUCCUUUCCUACCGCCGUGCGGUCUAGUCGAAAGCUGGCCUUCAACCUCACCCAGGCCAGAUACGUUUCCCACAUUUCCGACAUCGCCAUAACCCGCACCGGCAAACCCAUCAUUCGCGUUCAAGGUGGAAGAUCAUCUCUCGGAGGCCACACUGCGACAGUAUUUGGCGCAACGGGACAGCUCGGAAGAUAUAUCGUCAACCGACUAGCACGCCAAGGAUGUCAGGUUGUCAUCCCUUACCGAGAGGAGAUGGAGAAACGCCAUCUCAAGGUUGCUGGUGAUCUGGGUCGUAUCACCUUUAUCGAAUACGAUCUACGCAACACCGAGUCCAUCGAGACCAGCGUUCGCCACUCUGACGCUGUAUACAACCUCGUCGGACGGGAGUACCCUACGAAAAACUUCACUCUAGAUGACGUUCACGUCGAGGGCACCGAGCGCAUCGUUGAAGCCGUCGCCAAGUAUGACGUAGAUCGUUACAUUCACGUUUCGUCUUACAAUGCGAACCCUGAUUCUCCUUCCGAAUUCUACGCUUCCAAAGGCCGAGGAGAGAAAGUCGCUCGAAGCAUCUUCCCCGAGACCACCAUCGUACGGCCGGCACCCAUGUUUGGAUUCGAAGACAGACUCCUCCUUCGAUUGGGUGGCAUUACCAAUAUAUUCACAGCUAAUCAUAUGAAGGAAAGAUACUGGCCCGUCCAUGUAAUUGACGUUGGUAAAGCUCUGGAGGCGAUGCUCUACGAUGAUACUACGGCUGGCCAAACGUUCGAGCUCUAUGGUCCUAAGAAUUACUCGACAAAGGAGAUCUCCGAACUGGUCGACAAGGAAAUCCACAAGAAGCGAAGACACGUCAACAUUCCUAAGCCUAUCAUACGGCCGAUAGCUUACUUGUUGAACCGAUUUAUCUGGUGGCCGGUACUCUCAGCAGAAGACGUAGACCGAGAAUUUAUCGACCAGGAGAUUGACGAGACAGCAAAGACAUUUGCCGAUCUGGGAAUUACACCAGGUGAAAUUUCCGAUUUCACAUAUGAGUACCUACGUGGGAUGCGUAGUAAUACACACUACGAUCUCCCUCCGUCGACGGAGAAGGAGAAGGAGGAGAACAAGAAGUACCUUCAUGUGAUGGACGAACCACAAAUAUGA